AUUAAAGAUAAUUAUAAAGAUUUAGGUGAUAAGAAUACUGGCGAGAAAUAAUAUAAAACUGAAAUUUCAAACGUUUUGAAAAUACUGGUACGUUUUUUGAUAAAUAAUGUGCAUGGAAUAUUUUUAAAUUUUUGUACCGUUUCAAAAUGAGAACAGAUAAGCAGAAUAGAUAUUGAUAUCGUCAUGAGUAGACAUAAAUAGCACACGAAAAAUUAUCAAGUAAAUUAAAUAAAUUUAAAAAAAUUCUAGUGUUGAUAUAUUCAGAAAAUAAUUAUUUAAAAUAGUGUAAAUAAAUUAAAAAUCAGUAAAAAUAUAUAAAAACCGCAUCGUUUCGAUUUAACUGCGGUAUAAAAGGAUUUUAAUAUGUGUUCCCCGUGUGGUCCUAUGGUUUGUUACAAGUAUGAAGACUGCGGACCGCCGAAAGGUAGAGCAGCCGAAAGGGGUGCUCCCACCGCGGAAGAAAACGAUGCAGAAAAAACAGGAUCUAAAGAAAACCAGCUAAAGAGAACAAAAAGCCGUGAGCUCCGUGGCGGAAUUAUGUAUUAUAGCUGUCAUUGUAUAAAAAGAAAUGGUCUUCAACAUGAUUGUCGGCGCACUGGUUGUGGCGGAGAGCCGGCAUGUUUAGUUUUACCCGACCCUUUAUGUGCGCCAAGUCAACUAGCACGUGCGCGAGGACUUGCAGAUCCGGCACCGCUUGCAGCUCAUCUCCGGGCUCAAGCGGGCACUUCAGGAAAUUUAGCAGAAUCAAAUUUUGGAUCUAGUGGUGGUAAACGGUUCAUAGUUUGUGAACUUAAAGGCGUGAUACCCGACGGUUCAACUGCUAAAAAGGAACAGUGUUGUAAGUUGCCUACAUCUCUUUCUACUCAAGUAAAUAAAGAUUACUCUAAAGACAAGAGCCAGGAUCAGCCAUCUGAAAGUAUUUUUGUUCUAGACGAACAAAAAAUGAAAGCAAUUAUCAACAAUAUACAAAAUAAACAAUUAUUAACCACAGAGUCUAAAAAACCGAAUCCUCGGUCUCAACGAAUAGAAACAGUUAAAGAAGUGUGUACUAGACCUGGCUGUGUACACUGGAAACCGCCGUCACCUUGUUUAUGGGAUUUACCUUGUAAAGCAGAUUGUUUCGAGGCACCUCCUAAUAUUCAAUCUGGUCGUAAUCCAUUAAGUGGUAGCGGCGGUUCCAGAAUACCAAGCUUGCCACAUCGAGAAGCAAAAUCCGGUCAACGCAUGAUAAUACUUAAUCCUAUAGAAUGAAUUUUACACAGGUUGCUGUUCAAAGAGUGGUGGUGCGGAUACUGCUAUGACUGCUGGAACAUCUGCGGCAGGAUUGCCAGUUUUAGUGAUGAAACUUUGCUAAAACUGGUACAAAUUAUGAUAAAAAUUGCAAUAUAUUAAAUGUUUUGAU